AUGUCUACGAAGGAGGAAGUUGCGGCCAUGAUGGCCAACAGUGAUGCCGAAACAAAAAUAUCGCUUCUCAAGAAGGCAGUUGUUACGGUGACGAAACAGAAGCAAGUUUUGGAGCAACAAAACGAACAGCUGCGGCAGCAGAUGACGAGCAUCGGGGAAGAGCUCGCUCGGGUGCAGGAGGAAAAUAAAAAUCUACAACGGAAACUAAAGACAGUGGAACUUGAAGCAGAACGCAAGCUCAAACAAGCUGUUGCAACCAGCAAAACGUCGUGGAAGGGCCUCUCGUCGCUCGUCUCAGGCGCAGAUGGAACUGAUGGCUUGUUAAACGCGAAGAAGGUGUCGUCCACCAGUGCUGCGUCAACUGGAAUUAACUUGUCCCCUGAGGAUCAAGAGAAAAUCGUCUUGGAGAAUGAAAAUGUUCACAAGCAGCUCUUUGAAUUGCAGUCAAACUAUGAAACCCACAAACGGGAAUGGGAAACGCAAUGCAGCCAACAGAAGGCCGAACUACAGGUGCUGCAAGCAGAGAUCAUGGAACUGCGCAGCCUGGCGGACGCAAUGAAGCAGGCACAUGAGCAACUCAAUGUGGAUUAUGUCACUCAGAAGGCGCUAGUUAAUUUUUGCCAUCACUUUUUCACCCUGUCGCGGCAGCCAGUGCAGUGCCGUAACCGCCAAAGUGGGACUUCCCUUACCGUUGUGCCUUCGCUGAGAAAGGAGUAUCAAACGACCCUACCGCACGAAGUUAGUGGAAACCUCGCGAGAGGCACGGUUAGGGCGGUCAUCAGUUCCUUUAAAACGCUGAUGGAGGCGAUAUCCGUCCUUGUCACCUCCCUCCGCGAUUCAUUCGGCUCACACCUGGCGUCGACCACGUCCGGCAACAUACGCUGCUACAAGGAUCGGCUUAUUACACUACUGGGUGUACACAUUGAGCAGAAAACCUCCCUCUUGGGGCACGCUGAGAAGUUGGAGGUUGCGUUGGCCAAUCCCACUCCCUCCGACGAGACAAUGACAGAGGUAUUGAUCACGCAAAACCAAAUUCUAUCCAGCGUUGAACGGUGGCUAACACUUUUGUUAGAGCAUGCUCGACUUCUUGUCGAUGCCUGUUUCAUGAUGGGUGGUGGUAAUCAAAAUGGAAAUGCGAAUGCUGGCAAGCCUACUCUAGUGGAAACGAUGACACAUUCUAUCAUGGAGGCCCUAGCCGCCGUACGUGGUGUAGUCAAUUCGGUCCGAUUCAUAUGUUCGGACUCUCACACGGUUAUGAGUCAAGAGAGCUACGAUUCAGUUGAGUGGAUGAUAGCACUUGAAAGGUUUUGGUGGCAAGGCUGUGGGGCUUCAGACCAUCUGCAAGAGGCAAUGGGGAAGCUUGCAGAGUUGCUGAGGGAACUAACAAGUAGCAUCCUUCCAAGCCCCUUGCGAACGGUCCUACAACACAUUGCUGAAUUCACUGAAUCAUUCGCAAAAAGGGUACAGAAUUGCAAUACUGCCUCAGCAUAUGUCUCAGAUAAUCAUACGCACAAAGGGAUGGGGUUGCCCAACAUGUCGUAUGCACAGCCACGGGAAGAGAUUCAACAAAAUAUAGUUACAGCAACCCCAACAAUAUUAGAUGAAAACGAAGUUUUGCAGGCACUUUACUCCACGGAUCUAUCUGCCAUAUGCUACCACACACAAAUGAACUGCGUACUUCUUGAAUUAGCAAAUAAAUGUUCGAUUAUAGAGAGCUCACAAAAGAAAAUACACCGAUUAGAAGCUAUUCAACAACAGCAACACGACGAAACAGAGAGAAUGCGUAACGCAUUUCAGAGCCAGAUAAGGCUUCUUUCAGAAAAACUAGUCGAAUACACAAACAACGAAAAGCCUUUGUAG